CGACCACCUCCAACCACCCCCAUUUCCUCGCCAACCACAGCCCACGCUCGCGACAGCGCGUCUACGCGCUCCAUCAUUAUAAUAUUCGCGCUAUCCGUAAAUACCGCUAUGAUUUAGAGUUGCGCCACGACUUUGCAGCCUUGCACGCCCGGUACCUCCCCCACGCCCAGCGGUGACGGCAGCGAUCCACCUCGCUUUGAGCGCUUGCACGCAGCACCACGACCCCAUCUAGUGCCCGCCCUGCCGUAGAACUGUUGUUGCUAGACCCGCAAUUCGGUCGCUACAUCACUGUCGUGCGUGGUAUCUAGAGCUGCGGCGUUUGGCAUCCCUGAGCUGCGGCGCUCACGUUGUUCGUCGCGGCCUCCCUGUGGCACGGCACCCGAUCGCCGCUUCCAAACGCGUUCACCACCUCCGCGCCUGCCACAAACUCACAAACAACACGCCUUCCUCCCACAAUGGCGUCGUUUACGUUCAAUGCUGGGCCCAGCUCGCCUCUGACCGAUCCGCCGUCCGACUGCGAGUCUGAGUUGACGGUCCUCACACGCUCCCCAUCACCACCACCAGGAUUCCGCGUACGAUCGCUGCCCUCGCCCUCCUCCUCACGACGUUCUUCUGCCAAGACAAGCCCCGCACCUGAGGACAUGCCGUCGCCGCCCUCCAGCUGCGACGAAGACGUGCGCCCGGCCAAGAGGAGGAAGCUCUCGCCCACAACAGACGCCAGCGGGCGCACCACACACUACCUAGACCUGACGCAAGACGUUGCAGAUGAGGACAAACCGCAACUUCAGCGUCUUCUCAAUGUGCUGCACAAGAAGCGCAAGAUCGUCGUCAUUGCCGGCGCUGGCAUCUCGGUCUCUGCAGGUAUUCCCGACUUCCGAUCUGCGACUGGUCUCUUCAACUCGCUCAAGAAGGAGCACGGCCUCAAGUCCUCUGGUAAGGACCUCUUCGACGCGUCUGUCUACCAGGAUGGCCAGUCUACUGCCACGUUCCACGCCAUGGUCCGCAGCCUGUCCACAGAAACCAAGAACGCACAGCCCACGGCCUUCCACCACCUCAUUGCAACAUUGGCGCAAGAGGGCCGUCUCAUGCGACUUUACACUCAAAACGUCGACGGCAUCGACACGUCGAUGGCUCCCCUUAAGACCGAGGCGCCUUUGCCAAAGAAGGGACCUUGGCCAAAGACUAUCCAGGUGCACGGGGGCCUUGAUCACAUGGUGUGCUCAAAAUGCCACACGCUAUAUCCUUUCAAUGCCGCGCUAUUCGACGGACCCACGGCGCCGCCAUGCGAGAGCUGCGUAGAGAUUGAUGUCGUCCGUCAAGCUGCAGAAAAGCGGACUCAUGGCAUCGGAUGCCUGCGCCCCCGCAUGGUCCUUUAUAACGAGGAGAAUCCCGACGCCGAGGCCAUCGGUUCGUGUACAGCCACCGAUAUGCGCAUGCGACCGGAUGCAGUCAUUGUGGCUGGAACUACCCUGAAGGUUCCUGGAAUUCGCCGCAUCGCUCGCGAGAUGUGCAACAUCGUGCGCGACAGGAAGGACGGUGUUGCAGUAUGGAUCAACAACGAUCCUGAACCUCUGGGCGUCGAUCUACAAAACGCCUGGGAUCUGGUCGUCACCGGUCCUUGCGAUGAAGUUGCUCGGCACGCGGCUAUGCGAAAGUGGGACGACCCAAUGGAGUUCAAGGAGAUCUCUGAUGCGGAGCUUGUCAAGGCGAAGGAGAGCAAUAGGAUUGAGGUGAUUGUCGGCACCCCGAAGAAGCCUGGAGUGUUCCGAGACGCAGGCCAGCUCACACCUGGUCAAAGCCCUCGCAUGCUGCCCAAGAGCGCACUCAAGUCGGAGCCGGGCACGCCAUCGAAGAAGGGCACCAAGCGCAAAUCAGGUGCGCAGAUGGAUCUCCUCGGCAACAUGGCAGCCAAGGGAGCUGCGAAGAAGCCACAGACACAACCGAAGAAGGCCGCAGCUUCAAAGAGCAAAGCCAGGAAAGCCACAAAGGAGACCCCUCCGAUCAACAACAUGUUCAAGGCCUCGAAAGCAUCGACGAAGCCUGCAGCCAAGGCGACAAAGAAGCUGCCGGACGUGCCGGACCUUUCUGCCCCCUCCACAAAGCCCAAGGCACAGCCAGCUCUGAUCAAGAAAGCCACCGAAGGCAUCGCAGUAGCGAAGCGCGAGACUCCCUCGACGCCGAGGGGCGCUCGAGUCACCAAGUUCAAGUCGGGGCUGGUGAUGCAGCCAUUGUCGGAUGCGGACCGUCGCAACAACCAGUCACCAGUGCGCCCGGAGGUCGAGUUUCUCACGCCCACUAAAGACCGCACGCCCAGUGAGCAGAUCCACGAGGAGCUCGCUCGAGUCCAUGUCUCUUCGUACAGUCGUCGGAGCUCGUCUAGCUCGCAGAGGGACGAGAUAGUCCGGCCAGCGAAGGUGCCGCAUAGCAUGGGCAACCUUCUCUGCUGAGCAAUUGCAUUUACGGCGUUUGGAGUCAAACUUUAAGUAAGUUCCAAGCAUGGGUACCGAUUGCAUACGUGGCGCUCUUCUUAUUGAUGGCAUGGGAAGUCGGUGUAUGUGUAGGGCCCAUCACGAGGCAUUGAGCCUGCUUUUAUAGGUACAUAAUACCCGGGUGUGCUCUGGUUGGAUCGGAGCAGGGCUUACAUGAUGGUUGUUGGUGUAUGUAGACGUUGGAUGGCCUGCUGCGGCCGUGGUAGCUUAGGCUCCGUCCCACGGCAAAUGAUAUUCAUUGCUCGC